UGCGAUCAAGGCUCUCUCCCCGCUGUUCAUCUGAAUCUCCGUCUCCGGCCGUCUGAGAGCAAAUUAGGGCUCAAAUACAGCUUGCUCUCUCCCCGCUGCCCCAAUCCCGCGACCCAGCUCGUCAACUUAGGGCAAGGAACGAAUUUGUAGCUCCCGCAUCGGAUCCCCGACACGAUGCCGGCCUCGAUUACGAUGCUCGCCAGGACCGGUGCUCAAUUGAGCGCAAGAGGUUCCAUUGCUCUGAGAGGCAGUUUGUAUGCGUCUAGGUGCUCAGAGUUCACAGCACGGCAGGCGCCCGCGCUCUCCGCUCUCGCAAGAUACUAUGCGUCCAAAUCUUUCCCUCCCCACACCAUCGUCAGCAUGCCUGCGCUCUCCCCUACGAUGACGGCUGGAAAUAUCGGUGCAUGGCAGAAGAAGGUCGGCGACUCCAUCGCACCCGGCGAUGUUCUCGUCGAAAUCGAGACCGAUAAGGCCCAGAUGGACUUCGAGUUCCAGGAGGAGGGCGUCAUUGCGAAGAUCUUGAAGGAGUCUGGAGAGAAGGAUGUCGCAGUUGGCAGUCCCAUUGCCGUUCUUGUCGAGGAAGGCGAAGACGUCUCUGCUUUUGAGUCUUUCACGGCUGCUGACGCAGGCGGCGAUAAGUCCCCUGCCCCGACGCCAAAGGAGGGUGAAGCAUCUGAGGCCAGCGAGCCGCCGCAGUCUGGAUCACCGAGCGCUCCUCCGGCAAAGGAAGAGCCUGCUCCUCAAGCUGUGGAGUCAGAGUCAACUGGUGCCCGUCUGGAGACCUCCCUCGACCGUCAGCCCGCUGUCUCGCCCGCCGUCAAGAAGCUCGCGUUGGAGAAGGGUGUGCCUCUCUCAGCAAUCAAGGGAUCUGGACCUGGUGGAAAGAUCACUACAGGCGACAUUGAGAAGUACAAGCCUGCCGGCGCUGCUCCUGCUGCGGCGGCAUCGGCCGCCGGAGCAGCUGCAUACGAAGACGUGUCUGCAUCCAGUAUGCGCAAGGUCAUUGCCAGCCGCCUCAGUCAAAGCUGGCAAGAGAAUCCCCACUACUUCGUCGCUUCUAGCAUAUCCGUUUCUAAGCUGCUCAAGCUCCGCGAGGCACUGAAUGCAUCCGGAGAGGGCAAGUACAAGCUCUCAGUCAACGAUCUGCUGGUCAAAGCAAUCGCAGUCGCAGCCCGCAAGGUCCCGGCUGCCAACUCCUCGUGGCGCGUUGAGGGCAACGAGAUCACCAUCCGUCAACACAACACCGUCGAUGUCUCCGUCGCCGUCGCCACUCCUGUCGGUUUGAUGACCCCCAUCAUUAAGAAUGUCGGUGCUUUGGGUCUCCAGAGCAUCUCGUCUCAGAUCAAAGAUCUUGGCAAGCGUGCACGAGACGGCAAGUUGAAGCCUGAGGAGUACCAGGGUGGAACCAUCACCAUCUCCAACAUGGGGAUGAAUCCCGCUGUGGAGCGCUUCACUGCCGUCAUCAACCCACCACAGGCUACCAUCGUCGCCAUUGGCGCAACGAAGAAGGUUGCUGUUCCAGGAGAGCCCAAUGAGGACGGUACUCCCAGUGUGGAGUGGGAUGAUCAGAUGGUCAUUACCAGCAGCUUUGACCACAAGGUGGUUGAUGGCGCAGUGGGUGGAGAGUUCAUGAGAGAAUUGAAGAAGGUGAUUGAGAACCCGCUGGAGUUGCUGCUCUAGGGUGUCGUUUCUGGCGCGGCGUUUCAUUGCGGGUUUGUAUUUCUUUCCUCACUCUGGGUUCUUUCAAGCGAUCUUGAUCCCUGCAUUGCACCUGUAACAAAACGCCGGAUUACCGAAUUUAGUAGGGCCUGUAAUUCCCAAUCAUUAUAGAAGCUUCUUACGUCUUGUUGAUGUUCAAUU